AUGGAGCUGAGCCAGUACAUCAGAACUACGGAAACGUUAACUGUAGCAGGAAAGGUUGUGGAAGACGUGCUGAAGAAUGUACCAGAACCAAAGUGCUUUUUUGUGUUGAUCACUCAUGAAAGUACCCAUCUGGCGAAUUUCUUUGAGGAAGGAAACAGCCUUCGAGUUCCUUUUGGUUUAGUGAUGAUGGAGGUGUCAGCGGGGGGGCCAGACGCUAACGUGACGCUGACGCAGCUCUCCCGGGUGGCAGCCGAGGCUCGGCGGGUGCGGCAGGUGUCAUGGUGCGCGACGGUGGUGGUGGUGAGCGACGACCUCGCCUUCCUCGCCGCCUUCGCCCAGUGGUCCCUCAAGGGCCGCCUCCUGGUGUGGUCGACGAGGCUCCUGGUCGUCACCCGCCUCCCCCUCCACCACCUGCAGGUCCUCCGCGAAUUGCUCUCCGUGACCAACUCUAUGCUGCUCGUGGUAGAAAAUGACUCGAAAAGUCAACGGUGCAGUGUGUACAUCCAGCUGCCAUUCAGUCCCAGGGAAGCCCAGGCGCUGAAGGUGGCCUCCUGGACGCCCCACAGUGGCUUCGCCCUCACCUCCAGCCUCCCGUUCUUCCCUGACAAGUUCUCCAGACUGUUAAAUGGGCCAAAGUUUGUGGUUGUGGCGGAGGAAUUCGAACCUCACAUUGCCAUGGUGAAAGUUGAGGACAAGAGAUCUACUUCCUUGUCCUUCAAAGGUCCGUUGGUCAACUUACUCGAGAUACUCGCCAGCACUAUGAAUUUCUCGUAA